AUGAAGACUGACAGGUUUCUGAAACAACUUACUAACUCAAACAAAUCCUCACAGCAACACAGAGACGUGGCAGAGGUAGCUGCUCAGACAGACACUCAAGAGAAACACAUUCGGAGCACAACAUUAUGUUCUGUCAACGUCCAUGCUAGAGGACUUGUCUUUGGGCAUCAUGGCACUGUUGCGGGACAUAGUUCUCUACCCCGGGCUGUGUUGCGCAGGCCGCAUCUGGAUGAAGCCUCACUCGGCAGGAGAACGGUGAGCAUGUAUGGGGACCCAAUCAGGCAGCAAAAAGAUUAUCAACCCGUACGGCUUCGGAGGCCCAGGAGUGUGUGCAUGCUGGCAGGCCUUGGCCCAGUCCAGACAGUGACCCAGAACGAGCACCCCUCAAGACUGGAAGGCAUUUCAGAGAGCAGCCAGCAGUACAGGAGCAGGAAGGCUGAGUUGAGGGCUGUGGAUGGCCUCAGUCAUGUUGUUGCUCAGCGGCCUUCAGUCCUCACAGAGGUGACCCCAAGGAUCCGCCAGAGAAGCUGGAAGCCCAGGCCUGUCAGUAUGACAGUAUUGGAGCUAAGGAAGAGGGGCUCUGAUGAUGAGAUAGACAGCCAGAGGAGCUGUAACCACAUAGGGAGCGAUGGAGGAAGCUCUCUCAAAGGGAGUUUCCGUUGGAGGCUGUUUGGCAAAGCACCUCAAGAUAAGAACAAGGAGAGGGAGGACAUUAAAUCUUCUCCCAAAUUUGGUAAAUCGGAGGCUCCAAAAGGCACACUCAGCUCAUUGAGACGGAGCCUCAGUCUGCGCAUCAGAAGGACUCGGCCACGGGACAAAGUUACCGUAGGGUCUGAGGGAGAGUCAAAGGACUGCUCUCGAACUAAAAACUCUGCUGAGGAGACAACAAUGCCUCCACAGCCUUUUUCAUACCUCACAGGAAGAGUGCUUCCAACUUCCAGUGAACAAAUGGAGGAUGGGGGCAUGCAGUACAUUCAGUACCACAGCAGAGGAAAGGUUAAGGUCAUGGAGGUACCCCUUUGUCCAACAAAACUGUCUAAACCAGUUCAGGAAGAACCAAGCAUAUGGCAGCUCAUAGCCAACCGUUUCAGGAGGAAAGAGCAGCCAUGCAGUAGCAAAUGUGAAUCCCAGCAGUCCGAGUGCAAAGACACUGGCCAAUAUCCCCUGGACAGGAAUAAUAAGUCACAGCCAGUCUCCAUAGAGACUCUUGCAGACACUGAGUCCCAUAAAGGUCAAGACUCUUUCGUCAACAGCCAGGAAUGGACAUUGAGUCGGUCAGUGCCAGAGCUGAAAGUGGGCAUUGUGGGAAAUCUGUCCAGUGGCAAGUCAGCCUUGGUCCACCGGUACUUGACAGGCACAUAUGUGCAGGAGGAGUCUCCUGAAGGUGGACGGUUCAAGAAAGAAAUAGUUGUGGAUGGACAGAGCUACCUUCUUCUGAUCAGAGAUGAAGGAGGGCCUCCAGAAUUGCAGUUUGCUGCUUGGGUGGAUGCGGUGGUUUUCGUCUUUAGCCUGGAGGAUGAGAUCAGCUUCCAGACAGUCUACAAUUACUUUCUGCGCCUAUCCAGCUACAGAAACACAGCUGAGGUCCCAAUGGUCCUCGUUGGAACACAAGAUGCCAUCAGUGCUGCCAACCCCAGAGUGAUUGAUGACUCGCGGGCCAGAAAGUUGUCAAAUGACCUAAAGCGUUGCACAUACUAUGAGACCUGCUCUACCUAUGGCCUGAACGUGGAGAGAGUCUUCCAGGACGUUGCCCAGAAGGUUGUGGCCAUGAGGAAAAAGCAGCAGCUCUCUAUUGGUCCGUGCAAAUCUCUCCCUAAUUCUCCCAGCCACUCAUCAGUCCCCGCUGCAUCCAUCCCCUCUGUUCACAUUAACCAGGCGGCCAAUGGUGGGGGUGCAUUCAGCGACUACUCCUCCUCUGUUCCCUCCACCCCCAGCAUAAGUCAGCGGGAGAUGCGCAUUGAGACCAUUGCUGCCUCCAACACGCCCACGCCCAUCCGCAAGCAGUCAAAGCGCCGCUCCAACAUUUUCACAUCACGGAAAGCCAGUGAACAAGCAAAGAGCGUUGACAGUAAAACAGACAGCAUAGGCAGUGGAAGGGCCAUACCUAUCAAACAGGGAAUCCUUCUGAAGCGAAGUGGCAAAUCCCUCAACAAGGAGUGGAAAAAGAAAUAUGUCACACUGUGUGAUAAUGGCGUCCUCACUUACCACCCCAGUUUACAUGACUACAUGCAGAAUGUGCACGGAAAGGAGAUUGACUUGCUGAGGACAACAGUGAAGGUUCCCGGGAAGCGACCACCCAGAGCGGUGGCCACCGUCGCCCCCACUGCAAGUCCCAAAACCAACGGACUGACCAAGGAUCGCAGCACCUUGCAGCUGGGCAUAGGAAACACAGGCGCUCCUCACUCCAACAGCAGCACAUCCCUCCAGACGGGCGGAUCGCAGUUUGGCGGCAGUAAAGACGGCAUGCACCAACGCUCCUUCUCUGUGUCCAGCGCCGACCAAUGGAAUGAAGCCAUCAACACCAGUACAAGCAGCGGAGCCCCCAAUGGAAUGAGCGAUCCUGCGAAUUCCAGUGUAGGCAGCGCCACGAGUCCUAAACUUGAGCCACCUCCCUCACCACAUGCCAACCGCAAGAAACACAGGCGGAAAAAGAGCACAGGCAUCACAAAGCCAGAUGGUCUAUCUGCGGGCAACGAAGAGCAAGAGGAUUCCUUUGAGUUCAUCAUUGUGUCGCUGACGGGUCAGACGUGGAACUUUGAAGCAUCUACAUAUGAAGAGAGGGAGCUGUGGGUCCAAGCAAUUGAGAGCCAAAUCUUUGCCAGCCUGCAGUCUUGUGAGAGCAUAAAGAACAAGUCUCGACUAGGCAGCCAAAGUGAUGCAAUGGCCAUUCAGUCUAUACGAAACGUGAGGGGGAACAGCUUCUGUGUGGACUGCGAUGCAGCCAACCCAGAUUGGGCCAGUUUAAACCUGGGUGCCCUGAUGUGCAUCGAGUGCUCGGGAAUCCACAGGAACCUUGGCACCCACUUGUCUCGUGUCCGCUCCUUAGACCUGGAUGAUUGGCCAGUGGAGCUCAGCAUGGUGAUGACCGCCAUUGGCAACUCGAUGGCCAACAGCGUGUGGGAGGGAGCCUUGGAGGGGUACACUAAACCGGGAAGCGACAGCACCAGGGAGGAGAAGGAGCGCUGGAUCCGUGCCAAGUAUGAGCAGAAGUUGUUCCUGGUGGGACUUCCCCAGUCGGACGUGCCCCUGGGGCAGCAGCUGCUUCGGGCGGUGGUGGAGGAUGACCUGAGGUUGGUGGUGGUGCUGCUGGCCCACGGCACCAAGGAGGAGGUUAACGAGACCUACGGGGACGGAGACGGACGCACUGCACUGCACCUCUCCUGCGCCAUGGCCAAUGUGGUCAUCACACAGCUACUCAUCUGGUACGGCGUUGACGUGAAGAGCAGGGAUGCUCGUGGACAGACACCUCUCUCUUACGCUCGGCGAGCCGGCAGCCAGGAGUGUGCUGAUAUUUUACUUCAGCAUGGUUGCCCCAACGAUACAAGCUCUCUGUCCUCCAUGCCCACACCCAACAUGAGCCGCCGCAACCCCAAUCCCAACAUCAACAACAACAACGCCCAGUGUGAGCUCAACCGCAGUAUCAGCAUUAUGUAGGAGCCAGGGAGCAGCUGCAAACAAACAAACCCUGAACCCACCCAUGUCUCUUCCCGGUACUUCCUCCUCUGUUUCACACUGUGUAUCCCAGAAUCACUAACAAUGGAGAGAUAUCAGGAGUGAUGGACUCUUUUUUGAUAUUCCAUUACACUGACAGAAGAGGGUGUUUGGGGUUCGGACAUUGUACAUUGUUUAUUUUAUAUUAUUAUUUUUUAUCUGUUUUGUUUGUUAAAUUCAUUCAAUCUUGGUCUGAGAUGAUCAUGAUGAUCAGCUUUAAGCUUUUUUUGUUUUUUAAGCAUCAACCAAACAAAUGACUUACUUUGGCAUUCAUACCAACCCUACGAAAAGCAUUUCCUUAAUGCUUGAACAUUUCCUUUUAUGUCUUCCCCUUCUGCAGCGCGAACUGAUUUUAUAAUGAGCGUGAGUGAAAAACUUCCUUCAGAUUCCAAGUCUAAGCGUAAUAACAUGAAACUGUGAGGAAUAGUUUCACAAGUGACAAAGCCCUG